UAUAACGCAAAAACCAGAGACAUUUAUUUAUUUUUUGCGUUCCUUUUCACGGAUUUGUACACCACAGACGAUAUACUAAAACACAUUCGGUUGUCGAUCGCCCAUUUUAACGUUCCGUUUUACCGAAUAACGUUGACAUUACGCGUUUUAUCUGAUUUGAGGUUAGAAACAUUUUUUGUAAAUUUCUCGAAAAAUAUCCAUUACCUUGUAACAAGAGUGGUAGCGUUAUAAUCGGAGACCCACCCUCUACCAGAUUUAACCACUUUUAGCCCCGUCCGCCUGCCAAACGAUACUAAAGCCAACCCUUUUUGAUUAUUCUCGAGCUUGUUCAUGGUUGCCAGUAAACCUCAAUAUGUUUCUCUGUGGAGAUUACCCAAAGGAGAUGCAUGGAUAUCUUCCAAAAAACUGAACGAAAACAGUAUCCAUGAUAAGCUUACAACCACUUUAAGUGAUGGGAAAGUGAAGAUUAACUUCUCUGACAACUAUCAGUACAUAUCCCAUGGGCCCUUGAGUUUGGUUGUGAAACAUGUAGCCUCGGGCCUGAAGGUGGCAUUUGUAGCACCAACCAAAGCUCACAAAAUACAUAGUAAAGGAGUUUUGUCUGUGGCUGUUGCUGAGAAUGCUUUGGCUGUAUCCUCUUGUGAGGAAGACAAACUUCUGGUAUGGGAUAGCAGGACAAGUGAAGUCAGCUUGGAACUAAAAGGUCACGGUGGCCCAGUAUAUAAAUGCAAAUUUUUCCCAUCUGGCAUUGUGGUCUUGUCUGCUGGGGCUGAUGGUUCCUGCAGAAUUUGGUCAGCUGAAUCUGGAAUAAAUCCAGUCACCUUGAAGGGACAUACUAUGGCUGUAUGUGAUAUCUGUAUCAUUGAUAAAGGACGGAAUGUGAUUUCAGUAAGCAAGGAUGGGUCAGCAAAGCUGUGGGAUGUUGGUGAAUCAAACUGCUUGGACAAUGUUGUGGAGGGGCAUGGUCAGAUCAACUGCUGUGCUAUUGCAACAACUAAAGAGGAGGUUGAAGUCGAAAAUGAGAGGGAGGUAGGCACUCAUAACAAGCUGUUGGUAGUUGGAUGUGAGAGUGGACUGGUAGUCUGUGCUCAUGUCGCCAAGAGAGCACAGAUAUAUUCUAAGCAACUGGAGUCUGCAUGCAAUGCCAUCAUUAUUAUGGACCAGGCAGUUCUUGUUGGCUGUAGCAAUGGAAAGAUAACAAAACUAAAUCUUCAAGAUGGCUCAGUUCUAAAAGAAUGGCAUGAAUCUGCUAACCCUAUACUGAGUAUGGCUGUUUUGACCAAUCAAUUGUUUGUUGUUGGGCGCCAAGACGGUACUUGCACAGUCCUAUCAUUGGAAGAUGGGGCCAGCUCCAAACUUAGAGUGCAGCUGACAGGAUCAGACUGUGAUGGCAUCAGGGAUAUCUCCUUCAAUGGAAAGUGGGUAUUUGCAGGCUGUCGAGACGCCAUCGUGCGGAAAUAUGAUUUCAAUCAAAUCAAUGUCCACUUUAAGUAGAAACGUUAUGUAACGGUAUGUAAUAAGCGUAUUUAUGAAUAAGAUAUACCUGUCUAUUGGACAAAA